GUGAUUUUCAAGGUUGAAGUGCACGGUCUUAUAAUACCCGUCCUCCUAAGCGUUGAGCUGAAUUUCCUGCGGCGAUAUUUUGUUUUCUUCAAGAUCUGAAGCUUUUCUGGUCCGUGGCAUCAAUCCAAAACAUUUGAUAUCAAGGCCGGUUGAGUAAACUUUUGAAUAGCAUUUUAAAUAGCCCUAAACAAUGUCUUCGUUUCUUGGUAAAUGGAAACUCAGUGAAUCUCACAACUUUGACGCUGUGAUGUCCAAACUAGGUGUGUCCUGGGCCACCCGGCAGAUUGGAAACACUGUAACACCAACAAUGACAAUUUCAAUGGAUGGAGAUCAAAUGACCAUGUUAACAGAGUCGACAUUUAAGAAUACUUCAUGUACCUUCAAAUUUGGCGAAGAAUUCAAUGAAAAGACUAGCGAUGGCAGAAAUGUAAAGUCGACAGUUACCAUGGAUUCUGAAUCCAGGCUGACUCAAGUUCAAGUAGAUCCGAAAAAUACAACUACCAUUAUUCGUGAAAUAGAUGGUGAUACCAUGAACACGACAGUAACUGUUGGUGAUGUAACUGCUAUACGAAAGUACAGACGAUUAUAAACAACCAGUCUCAAGAUGAACACACUGACUGAUAUUGGAUUUAUGUUUAUGGAGCUUUUUUGUACUAUUUAUUGUUAUUCUGAGCAUUGGUAAAUAUUUUAACACUCAUGAGUCAUUCUGUAUCUGAUUAAUUGAUUCAACUUCCAUUUAAUAAAUGUCUUACCUUUAUA